AUGCAGAUGAUGCGCAGGGAAGGAAGAGCUGACAGAAGGGACAAAUGGUGCUCCGUGGACAACCGAGUCACCCGAGUGGCCUGGCUGAACCGCAGCAGCAUCCUCUAUGCCGGCAAUGACAAGUGGUGCUUGGACCCUCGGGUGGUGCUCUUGGCCAACACCAAAACCCAGUACAGCAUCCAGAUCCAAGAUGUGGACGUGUACGAUGAGGGCCCCUACACCUGCUCCGUGCAGACAGACAAUCACCCCAAGACAUCGCGUGUCCAUCUCAUCGUGCAAGUGUCUCCGAAAAUCACCGAGAUCUCUUCUGACAUCUCCAUCAACGAGGGUGGCAACGUCAGCCUCACUUGCAUAGCCACGGGCAGGCCAGAUCCAACAAUCACCUGGAGACACAUCUCGCCCAAAGCCGUGGGCUUCAUCAGUGAGGACGAGUACUUGGAGAUCACGGGCAUCACGCGGGAGCAGUCGGGCGAGUAUGAGUGCAGCGCUUCCAACGACGUGGCGGCGCCCGUCGUCCAGCGAGUCAAAGUCACCGUCAACUACCCACCAUACAUCUCGGACGCGAAGAGCACCGGGGUGCCGGUGGGGCAGAAGGGCAUCCUGCUGUGCGAAGCCUCUGCCGUCCCCUCCGCCGACUUCCAGUGGUACAAAGACGACAAGCGGCUGGCUGAGGGACAGAAAGGACUGAAAGUGGAGAACAAAGCCUUCUUCUCCAGACUGACUUUCUUCAACGUCUCCGAGCAGGACUACGGCAACUACACCUGCGUAGCCUCCAACCAGCUAGGAAACACCAACGCCAGCAUGAUCCUCUACGAAGAGACAACUACCGCUCUGACACCCUGGAAAGGUCCCGGCGCAGUGCACGACGGGAACAACGGUGCGUGGCGGCGAGGCGGCUGCGCGUGGCUGCUGGCCCUCCCACUCGCCCAGCUCGCCCGCCAGUUUUGACCCGAGAGCCGGCCCGCAGAGUAGCGGCGGCGACGACCACAGCCGGCAAGCGCACGCAGAAAGGAGAGGAGAAAGAAGAAGAAGAAGUGUUCACCGUUUCCGAAAAUAAUCAUAAGAAUUGAGAGAGUAUCCGGCCAGGCCACCCGGGGGAGGGGGAGAGAGGAAAAACACGCAAAAAAAAAAAAAAAAAUGCAACGGGAAUUUGGAAAGGAGAGAAAAGAAAAAAAAAAAAAUCCCAGGCUUCCUGCUGAAGAUGCAACGCGACCGAGUCUUUUUCUUUUCCCCCCAUAUUUUAUUUUUUUUUGCCUCCCACCCCUUCUUCCCCCCGUUUUCGCCGCUCUCUGCCGCGGGUCACCAUGGAGGAUGGGUGGGGCCGUCGGGGCGUGGCCCUUCCGACCCCUCCCUCCCGCACCAUAACCCCCCCACCCCGUCUCCUUCGCCGCCCCUGCCCGCCUGCUCCCUCCCUCCCGUGGGGACCC